AUGCCGCUUCAGAUACGCGAGAGCUUCGUCGAUGUCCUUAUUGUUGGGGCUGGUCCUGCUGGUCUCAUGUGCGGCAACGCCAUCGCCUGUUGCAGACCGUCGAAGAUAUCUGUCGGCCAUGCAGAUGGGCUACAACCGAGGACGAUCGAGGUUCUACAAAGCUACGGCCUUGCCGAACGACUGCUACGCGAGGGAAGUCAAUUACACAUGUGUGCUUUCUACAACCCGAGUCAGACUGGCGGGAUCGAGCUCACCACUCGUGCUCCUGACAUAUCUGAACGGACUGCGCGUUUCCCAUUCAAGCUUGCACUAUACCAAAGUGCGACAGAAGAUGCAUUCAUCGACUCAAUGGCACACCACAACUUAAGAGUAGAUCGGCCCGUCAAACCGUUGACCAUCGAGCUUUCUCGGGAUCAGGAACAUCUCCGUAGCUUGUCCUCGUAUCCUGUUAAGGUGACACUCUUACGCUUGGAUGCAACUAUCGAUACAGAAAAGUUGGAAGUUGUCCACGCUAAAUACGUUGUCGGUGCGGAUGGGGCGCAUUCGUGGGUCCGAAAGGCGCUCGGAAUUACCAUGGACGGGGAUCAGACAAAUUAUGUUUGGGGCGUCGUUGACAUGGUUCCGGACACCAAUUUCCCCGACAUACGGAACAGAGCGGCAAUACAUUCCAAGAACGGUUCACUUAUGAUCAUUCCACGUGAACAUGACAAGGUGCGGCUGUACGUUCAGCUGUCGGAGAAGGACGUCGUAGAUCCGGAAACCGGAAGAGUUAGUAAAACGAAGUGGAACCCGGAGAAAAUCCUCGAGGUUGCAAGAAAAUCACUACAUCCCUUUUAUAUAUCCCCACUGGCAGAUAUAGAAUGGUGGACGAUAUACAUGAUUGGACAGCGUGUAGCAUCUAGGUUUUCAGUUGAAGAUCGUGUGUUCAUUGCCGGAGAUGCAUGUCACACACAUUCACCUAAAGCAGGCCAAGGGAUGAAUGCGAGUAUGAACGAUACGCACAACCUUGCGUGGAAAAUUGCUCAGGUUGUCAAAUGGUGGGCAGAUCCAUCAAUUCUAAGGACUUACGAGUCAGAGAGGAGACAGUACGCCAAAGACUUGAUCGACUUCGAUAAACGAUAUGCAACAUUGUUCUCAGGUAAGCCGAGGACGUCAGAUAACCAAGACGGCGUAUCCCAUGAAGAGUUUUUCAAGGCAUUUGAGACUGCUGGUAGUUUUAUGAGUGGCAUUGGCUUACGCUACGGUCCUUCUGUGAUCGUUAAUGCCAAGCAUCAGUCUUGUGCGGAGAAUCUCAUCGUUGGGCAGCGCAUGCUCCCUCAAGUCUUCGUCCGCGCAGCCGACGCGCGACCGGUGGAAAUUCACGACUUGUUACCUGCUGACGCCAGGUUUAAGAUUAUUGUUUUUCUCGGGUCCAUGAAGGAGGAAUCUAGACUUGCGGAAAUCAAUGCGCUUGCCGAAGAGCUGAGUUCGCCCACGGGGUUCUUGCGGAGAUAUUCUGUGGACGGACAGACUUCUUCGCCCAUGUUUGAUCUCAUAACUAUCGUGGCGGGUAAGAAGGAGAAGUUUAAUUACCUGAGCGUGCCUCUGGUUUUUCGGCCUCAUUGGUCCAAAGUCUUGCUCGAUGAUACCGAUGCUACAGGGAGGAAGGGUGGUGGUGCCUACGAGAGGUUUCGAAUCAGUUCCAAUUCAAUUACCUUCGUGAUCGUGAGGCCGGACGGGUAUGUUGGAAUGGUAGCGCCAGCCACUGCCUUGCGGGACGUAAAUGAAUACUUUACGUCGUUCUUGACGCCACGUCACUGUAGUUCGUGA